AUUUUACUUUGCUACCAUUUUCUUCUUUUUUUUUUAUUUGAUUCCAACUUUUUUUUCGUUCGAUGCAGCUGCAAUAACGACUACAGAGUAACACACACACAUUUUAUAUAUUUGUUGGAUUUUUACAAAUGAUGACGCUCAAUAUAUAACCAAACGUCGUAAAUUCAAUCUUUUUUCUUUUUUUGAUCAUUUGGUUAGAGCUGGCUGAUUUGCUUUGGCUAUCAAAAUUUGUUUUUAUUUUUAUUUUUUGAUUUUUAUUCACAUUGUGUGUCGCCACAUUCACCUCAUCAUCAUCAUCAUCAUCAGCAACGAUCGUCAGUCAUAUAAUUUGUGGUCACAACAUUAAGAAAUUAUAUUUUUGAAAUUGUAUUAAUUAUCAUCAUCAUCAUCAUCAUUGUUUCAUAUGAUAUUUUCGUAAUAAUAAUGUCAUCAUUAAAACGAACAUUUGAUCAGAUUGAUCCACAACCAUCAAUAUCCGAUCAAACAAAUGAACAUCAAUCUCAAGAUCAACAAUCAAUUGAUUGUGAUAAAAGUAUUGCAACCGAAAUGAUUGAUCAUCAAUAUUAUCAACAAAGACAACAAAAUGUGUUUGAUAAAAAUCAUAACGAUGAUGCAAUAGUUGAUGAUAAACCAGCAAUUAAAUUGAUGAAAAUCGAUGACAAUAAUCAUUAUCUGAUAGAUUCAUCAACAUCACCAUUAUUACCAGAGCCAAAAUCACCACCAGAAUUGAUUGAUAAAUGUAUUCAGGUUGAUACCACAAUAACGGCGGAUAUAGUAACUGCCGAUGCAAUCACAUCAAACUAUGAUAUUAAUGAUGAUCAUCAUGAGGUGAUUGAAAUCGAAUUGAAUUCAUCUUCAAUGAAUUCAGAACAACAACAUACAAAUGAUGAUGAAAUUUUUUGCCAAAAUGAACAAAAAUCACAAGAAGCUCAAUGCAGUUUCAAUGAUGCUGAUGAUAAUGAACAAAAUGAUUGUAAUCAGAAUAUAGAUGAUGAUGAUGAUGAUGACGACGACGACGAUGAUGAUUUUGAUAUUGAUGGUAUCGAUGAUGAUGACGAUGAAGAAGAGGAGGAAGAUGUAAUUGUUGAAGAAGAAAAUCCAAUAGAAUUUGUUGAUGGAAAAUGUAAUGCCGUUGAAGAAGAAGAGGAGGAGGAAACAAUUGUCGAAGAUAUUCCCGCAGAAAAUAUUGAAGAUGCAAGUACUGAAAUCGAAUUGAAUGAUGAAACAAGUAUUAGUUCAUCAUCAAGUAGCGGAGUAAUAUCGAUGGCGAAUUCAUCAUCAUCCGGAGAGGAUUCAGCGACCACUAAUAGCGGUUCAACAUCCGAUUCAAUAUCGGCAUCUUCUCGUCCAUUACGUAGUCUGUUGAAAGUAUCUGGACGAAAACCGAAAUUGAAAAAUGAAAAGAAAAAAGUCAUUUUUAAUAAUGUUACCGUUUUCUAUUUUAAACGAUCACAAGGAUUUACCUGUGUACCAAGUCAAGGUGGUUCAACACUUGGUAUGGAAACGACACAUAGUUAUCAUCGAAGUUUUACAUUGGAAACACAUGCUGAAGAAAGAAAGCGUGUACGUAGGGAAAUUCUACAACGACAAAAACGUUUCGCCAAAAUUAAUAAACAAGCAUCAACAUCGGAAUCUGAAGAUGAAUCUUAUGAUGAAUUAAGUGAUCUAAGUGAUAUUGAUCUCGAAAAUGACAGUUGCUAUUUUUUGCAACCUGUUCCGAUUAAACAACGACGUGCUCUAUUAAGAGCAUCGGGUGUACGAAAAAUUGAAACAACCGAAAAAGAAGAAUGCAAAGAUAUACGAAUAUCAAGAGAAUUUUGUGGCUGCGAUUGCCGUGUUUAUUGUAAUCCAGAUGUUUGUUCUUGUCAUCAGGCAGGUAUUCAAUGCCAAGUUGAUCGAAUGUCAUUUCCAUGUGGAUGUACCCGGGAAGGUUGUGGUAAUUCAAAUGGUCGUAUUGAAUUCAAUCCACUUCGAGUGCGUAAACAUUUCAUCGAAACAAUCAUGAAAAUCGAAACGGAUAAUAAAAAUCAGAAUGUUACCGAAUUCAAUAUGAAUUAUGCUCCACAUCAUGCACAGGCAACAAUAAAAGACACUAAUAAUGGUGGAUAUCCUAUGAAUCAGCAUAUGGUUCAUGCUCAAUCAUACGAUCAAACCACUAAUGGAUUAGUUAUCGAUUCUACUGACGGUAUACCAUCGAUAUUAUCACAACAAUCAGCUCCGAUAUAUCAACAAUCACCUCAUAAUAUAUAUCAUAUGGAACAACAAUCAAAUCAAUUACAUCAUUAUAAUGUAAUCGGGCCUGGAACUGAACAUCAUCAUCACCAUGCCACAACAAUGAUGUCAUCAGAAAAUUCAUCGCAAUUUAAUACAACAGAUUGUAUGCAACUUUAUCCACAUCAUCAACCUCAGCCGCUUACAAAUGAUGAUGAAUCAUAUAGCCCAGAUAAUUCAUCUUCAUAUUCAGAAAAUUCUGAUUAUACAAGCGAUGAUUUCGAUGACGAAUAUCAACAAAAUAAUGCUCAACAACGGCAACAACAAAAUCAAUCCGGACAGCAACAACAACACUAUGGUAAUUAUAUUUCAACGACCGGACAACAACAACUGUCAGAAUCUUCUGCUACAUCGAAUUGUUCAGCACCAAUAUCAUUGCCACCAUUUCCGUCGAUUCAUUGUGAUGCCCAACAGCAAUAUCAUAAUGUGAACCAUCAUUAUCAACAGCAUCAUGGUAAUAGUAAUUAUAACCACCACCAUCAUCAUCAUCAGCAGUCAUAUCCGGUCCAUACACAUGGAUAUGCGAAUAAUGGUUAUGAUCAUCAUUCGACGUAUGAUAUGCAUCAUCACCUCCACCAUCAACAGCAUCAUCAUCAUGCAGCUACAACCCACGCCAAUAACAUUAAUCAGCUUGAUCAUAGCAAUAAUCAUCAACAACAAAAGUAUAUCGACCUAAGCAUAUCGGUUGGCGGCCCAUCAUCAUCGGCCACUGAAUCAAUGCUUGCCGCAGCAGCUGCAGCUGCACAUCAAUCGCCAUUUUCAACUGCAUCAUCAACUGCGGCUACACAAUCAUUUCAUCCAUCAAAUGAUAAUGAUGAUACUAUGGCUGCUGUUUGUGGUGAUGAGGAUGUUUCAACAUGUCAUCAACUUCCAGACAAUUCUAUUUAUUAUAAACAACAAUCCAAUAACGAAUUCGAUGAUUCCCAAAUGACAAUCAAUAAUUUUGAUUCUACAAAUGAAUCAUCUUCAUCAUCGACAUUAUCUUCAUCGUGUAGAAAUAAUGAUGAAAUGAUCGAUUCAACUUCGACAACAUCAACAACCAGUUCAUCAUCGGAUAUCGGUUUGUCGAACACGGUCAAUAUAGCCACUGCUGGUGUUAAUGGAACCAAUGAAAAUUUUGUUGAAAUAAUUAAGAAAAGUAUGGUCGAAUCAGUGACCGCAUGAAAUUUUGCUGGGCUUAUUUUGAUAACUUGAAACGCUUUGAUCUUCACUUUGUAAAUCUGCCAUUUUUCUUGUUAAAUACUUAAUCAUAUAAUCAUUUUUUUUUGUUGUA